CUUUCAUCCUGGCUGUGCCCUCCCUUCAAUAUGCAGCCAAGAUGGAUGCAUUGGCCCCCAUGAGAUGGACUAGAACUAUUAGUAGGACGACGUCCCGUCGUUGUAUCCUUAAUCAACGACUUUAAAAAGGCACACAUACGCUGCCCCCUUGGCUCCUUUGCUGUUCCUUUUCAAUCUGCUUGGUCUUGGCAGGGGUAUCAACCAUGGCUCUUUUUGCUGCUAUUAUCCUGGGAGUGUGAAAGGGAAGGGUGGGAAAAAGAGUCCUUUUUUUUAGCAAAGAGGACAUUCUAACUCAUCUACAUCUAUCUGAAAAAAAAGCCCAUCAUGCUUGGAUGCGAUUGCUCAUCUGUAUCUGGACGAGAGGCAAAAGAUGUAAAACCAUACACUGCCUGGGAGGUACAAUCCUCCAAUCCCGAUAUUUCGGGCAUUGGUAUGGUCGUGGGCUUGUUGGCCCCGAAUAUAAUAGUGUGCAUCCUCGUCAUCAUAUACUACCUCUCGGCAGUCGACCCCAAUGAUGAGCACCUCUGUACCAAGAUUGAUAGAUCCAUACUUGGUUGGGUUCGCAAGCGCAUGUCUCCAUGGCUGCUUGGGUGGAAUGCUGGGAAAAUUGAGACUAUCACAUACUCGUUCAGCGACACUCAGUUGGUCAACGCGCUCUCUCUACUCGCCAGUGCCUUCAUCAACAGAUGUGAAAUAUCAACCUACGACUGGCAGAUGCUCGUCAGCUGCGUCUGGUUCGCCUCCCUCACCCAAUUGGCCACCAUCCCGUUGCUGAACAGACAGUUUCGAAAAGUCCAGCUUCUCACGUACGCCAGAGUAUCGCUCAUGACGGUGGUUCUCAUCCUUCUCAUUUUCGCCUUGUUCCCGACAGCUCACGCAGACUGGAUGAAGUACCCCGACGAUCUCGGGGUGUGUUACCUCGACUUCGGCACCAGCAACUUGCCUGCACACCGGUAUUAUUCUUCAUGGCAAUACUCCAAGGCCCGGAUCGCAAACGCACUCUCCCUGGCGUGGUCGAUAGGGCUGCUCGGCUUCACCUAUGCGCGGCGUACAUUGUCUUUGCUCUGCCGCCCGUUUGGGGCGACUGCUUGGCCCACGCGGAUACGGCUGUGGUUUCGCCGGCAGGAUCUUGCGUUGAAUGAACGCUUCGAGUGCCGCAUUUCCGACUCUCAACCGAGAAAACACACCAUGGGUUUGUUGUGGCUGUGUGUAUCCAUGAGCAUAAUGUCUGCGCUCAGAGCUCUGUUCAGAUUAUCGGAAUCCUUCUUCGGGCAUGUUGUGCUUCUCGAGGUCACCACGUUCUGGGGAAUAGAUGUUUUGGCGAGGCAUUAUGGAUACACUAUCAUCAACAAAGAAGAAUCCGCGUGGUCGUUGGGUCAAACCGUUCCCUUCUUUCUGUUGUUAACACCCUCGCUCCGAGUGAUGGACGUACUUGCUGGUAAAUAA